AUGGGCAAUCCUGCCCAGUCUCAUUUCUUCAAGUUGCCCGAGCUCAUCAACUUGCUGGCAUCGCUUCUGUCAAAGAAGGAUCUCUCGAGACUCAUGCGGGCAUCUCGACAACUUCAUGCAACCUGUCGACCAUCCUUCUUUCGCGAGAUCGACCUUGUCCAGGAGCACAAAGCUCUCUGCGACAACAAAGACGGAUUCUAUGCGCUGGUGAGGAACGCAGAAUUGGUUCAGUCGCUCAAGUUAAACCCAAAGUCAGGAAAGCUUUACAGAGCCUACGCUUACAUCCUGGGCGCCUUGCAGGACACCAACAAUAAGCCUACAACAAGCACACUGUCAUCCUUACACCGCCCUGUACUUUCUGGUUCGCACCGCCAUCCUUACAGUGACUCCGACUUUCUAAUUGGACUCAGGUCAACACUCCAGCUCAGCCUUCGGCUUUCCGAGCUCCACCUCCAUCGAGUCAGAAUCGAACAGGAGUCGUGGAUCCACAUAUUAGCGACGACAAUAUCGGAAAUCACCACGCUGCAGGCAUUGCACCUUACGAUAUUUUCUGGCGAAAUCAUCCAUGGAGCCAUCGCGUCAACAAUCUUCUUUUCCUGUCCACCGCUGGCUAGGACGCUCUCAAUUGAGGUCUACAAACUCCAUUCGGUAACAUAUCGUGCACCCACAGGCACCCUGCAGGAGGAACCGCUCUCACGACGAGACGAGCCCCUCCACUGCCUUACAGACUUCACCAUGGCUGUCAACCACCGUUUUCAAUUUUUGGAUAUCGUCUCCAUUCUGAAACACUGUCCAGAGCUUGUGUCAAUGAACGUCCCAAUGAUCCAGCCCGGCGAUUCCUUGGAGCAGGCAUCGAUAAUUCUCGACCUCUGCCCGAACCUCAGAAACCUCUCUCUGCAUGAUUGCCGUGACGACUACUCUGAACACCUCAUGUUUGUGAUCAUGGACCACAUGCCCAAGGACAGCCUUCAGUCAUGCAGCUACAACUCAUAUCGCGAAAAGAGCAACGCCAACUCUCUAGCGACAUCUUUUGGACGGCAUUUCGACUCGUUGAGGAGCGUCAGGUUGAUCGAGUGCGCUUGGAUCCAUCCGGAUCAGGUCCAGGCCAUCCUCUUCAACUGCCCUAUCCUGGAGGUCUUUGUCAUCACGAAAGCGAGCCACCAAGAGCUGGACAUCUCUGUCGGGGACCUUGUCGCGGAAACGUGGGCGUCUACAGGGCUGGUCGAGUUUGCGCUGCCGGUCAAUAUCAAUACACUCGAGAAUCCACGGUACCUGAAGCGGAGCCAUCUUACAAAGGAGGAAAGGGAGCAAGUAUUGCUGCUUGGAAAGCUGUACCAUCAACUUGGCUCGCUAAUCGCCCUGAGGGUUCUUAGUUUGAGUGUGCUGGUGAGCACUGAUGUUUUGGACUUGGUGAGCAAUCCCCUGGAAUUUAGGGACUACACCUUCCCUGGGCUGCUGGUGCAGGGCGAUGACGAUGACGACGAGGAUGGCGAGGAUCGAUGGGGCUGUCUGCAGGAACUGGCAAGACUGCAGAACUUGGAGGUUGUUCGGGGGUCGUUCAACACGAAAGCAUGGAUUCCUGCAGGGUAUGAGUUUGAGAAACGGGAUACGGAGUUUAUUACAUCCCAUUGGCCUCGGUUGCGGUCGAUCGAGUUUGUGCUCCCGUCGCACUAUGCUGAUCUUGGAGAAGACAACUUUGGGUCGCACCCGUAUAUUGCGUGGCUUCGUCGCCAGCUGCCGCAGGUCAAGAUUGUUGUCCUCCGCGAUAGUACUAGGAACAGUCUGGUGAACGAGAUCAAAGGGGUCGAUUUCGAUUGA